AUGGGUAAAACACCUCUUGAUACGCCCAGGAGUACUGACGAUAGAGAUAAUAAAACCAUCAAAGGGUCUGGAAAAGGGUUUAGAAAGGGAAGAAAUGGCCCUAAAUGGAAUAGAAUCAAGCAGGAAAAUGGUAAAUUGACAUUGGGAACAAAAGGACUUCUGGUUACUAAUUCAAUGGUUGGAAAAUAUAAGGACGCUAUGCAGGAAAUUCUGUCCAUUCUCCGUGAGCACUCUGGAUUGGAAAGUGUUCAUAGAGAAGAGCCCAAAACAAAGCCAGUUGAGCCUAAAGAUAUGGACCCAGAACGACUUUUGGAGGAGGAAAUUAGCAAGGUAAACGAGGAGUUCAGUAGGUUUGUUCCUGGCUCCUGUAUUUCAAAGGGCCUAAACUUCGUUGUUUUUAAAUACAAGGAGGACGUUCCUUCCAAAUACGUGCAAGAGAUUUUCACCAAAAUAUUGGAGAGUAAAGCCUACACUGCUAGAUUCCUUAGUAAAAUAGUCCCGAUAGAUCGCAUAUGCAAUGCUAAUUUAAAUGACCUAAAAGGUGUUUUGGAGAAUAUCUUCAAAGCCGAGUUUCCACUUUCAGCAAUCGGCGAGGGUGUGUGCGUCGACACUGCCGAAGCCAUUGGGUCUGAAUCUACCAUCAAUACCACGGCCAAUGAUAACGCUAGUAAAUCUGAAGAUGAAGUUGGCAACGAUGGUGAUAAUUCCCCUGAGGAAUCGUCUGUUCCCAAAGACACUUGGGCCCUGUAUUUUAAAAGGACCAAUUCCAACUCUUUAAGCCAUGAAUCGGUCUUAGAUUUAAUUACACGAUUGCUGGGAGGAAAGUAUAGAGUAAAUUUAAAGUUUCCUGAUAAAUUGAUUGUCGUCUGUGUUGUUAAGUCGGAUUCUUUGAGAGUUCCUGAGUCUGGUCAGUGGUUUCCAGACCCUGAAAGCGACUGGUAUAUACAUGAAUCCCAAGAUUGGAUGCACAACCCGAAUGAAAAUGUGUACUUUCACAUUGAAUCGAAGACCAUAGUCCCCUUCAAUCAAGGGGAAGAGGCAGUCGCAGAUGGCAACGAGGACGUGGAUGAUGGUGUUGAUUUAGAGGACCAUAAAGGACACGAAGAGGAACAUGAAGACCUGGAAGAAGAAGAGGAGGAGGAAGAUUUAGCAAUAGAUUUUAAUAAAGAUCUGAUGGCUGGUACGUCGUCACACAAGGGUCAACAUGAGUCGAAGGUUGAAAACGAGGAUCGGUUUAUAACAAGGGAAUGUCUGUCAAUUCAGUACGUGAGUAACUCGGAGGCAUUGUGUUACUUCUCUGGAGUAUUUGAUGGGCACCAAGGACCAGCAUGCUCGGACUACAUUGUUAAGCACCUGAAGAACAACAUUCUAACGGUGUUUAGACAGACGUUGACGUCAAAUUCUUUUAAAAAGAGAAAGAUGAUGUCGAAUAAUUCAUUUAAAUUGAACCAGUUCCCGAGCAAUUCAGGUUCGUUACUUUUCAGUCACGUAGGUAGUUGCCUAGAUAAUUGCUUAGGUAAUCACUUAGAUAGUUUCGUAGGCUGUUACACAUAUUGCCUAUUGACACCACUAAUGAGUAACGUAGACCACGACCCGACCGAGGACACAGUGAACAAGAAAGUUGAUUGGGAGAUAUACAACCUGCUGUACGCGAUUAAAAAGGGCGUGGAGAUGCUGGACUACAACUACUGCUCAUACUGCGUUAACUCGCAGCUGUCGAACAGCUCACCGAGUAACUCGCAAUCUGGAAAUCAACACAACAUUGACCCCUCAAACAUCUUUAACCUUAACGGAAGCACGCUGAAUCUGCUGUUCCUCAUGGGACCGGACGACUACGGGAGGCUGAAACUGAUAGCAGCAAACGUGGGUGACUCCAGAGCAAUCCUCUGCAUGAGGGACGGAGAAAGAUACGUGGCAAAGGACCUCACGUUGGACCAUAAGCCGAACCUGAAAAAGGAAAGGGAGCGCAUCGUAAAGGGAGGAGGCUCAGUGGAACGCAUACAGAACACGUGGAGAGCCUUACUGAGGGUAGACCAGAGGGGAGUGCUGUGUGGGCUCUCGACGUCAAGGAGCAUCGGCGACUAUAUUUUAAAGGGCAAUAUAAUAAGUGGAGAGGUUGAUUUGUUCGUAUUCGAUGUCGACUUCGACGACUACAUGUUUGUGGCACAGUGCACAGAUGGAGUUACGGAUCGUCUGUCCUCACAGGAAAUUGUUGAUUCUAUUCUGGAAAGUAUUGGCGAUGGACUGAGUCCAGAGAAGGCGGCAGAAAAGGUAGUUAAACUGGCUGAACACAAAAAGUCGUUCGACGACAAAACCUGUAACAUAAUCUACUUUACCUGGCACAAGGAAUUUUAUAGCAAGGUACUGGAUCCUGAUAAACCUGAAGAUGGAGAAAACGAAACAGAUCAAGCGAAUCAGGUUGAACAAUCUGAGGAGCAGGAGGAGGACGAGGAUAUUUUUAUGUAA